GCGGUCCGCUCUCCAAUAGCGCAUGCUGUGUACCUGUUGGUAGUAGGUUUCAGCACCACCAAGGGCACAGACGUUGUCCGGGCGUCAGGUUCGAUGUUUCGGGUUCUGUCUUUGACAUUUAGUCGUAGUAAUCUGCCUUAUAGCCGGGGAAAGAGCAGUUUAUACUCACACUUUUAUUUGAAUUGUACCUGAGCACCUUUGGAGCCAACUUGCUCCAACAACGACCCCCGGGGCUCCGCACGAAGGAAUGCAGCUCAGCAGCGAAACCUGCCUCCGAAAAUAAAGCAAAUAGGAGAAACAACGACGUUUUUGUCAGGAUGGACGGCUUAAAUGCUGCGAGUCUUUCGUCAAAAUGUAGGCCGUCUGUCGGGGGAGUUUCACCCAGUGAUGAAAAUACUCCCGCUGGGAAAGCUCUGUGCCAGGUGCCCGUGAAAAAGCAAGCCGUGAAGAGACACCACCACAAACACAACCUGAAGCACAGGUACGAGUUUCUGGAGACUCUCGGGAAAGGAACCUACGGGAAGGUGAAGAAAGCCAAGGAAAGAUCCGGCAGACUGGUUGCCAUAAAGUCCAUCAGAAAGGAGAAGAUCAAGGAUGAGCAAGACCUGGUUCACAUUCGCAGAGAAAUUGAGAUCAUGUCGUCCCUCUGCCACCCACACAUCAUCACCAUAUACGAAGUGUUUGAAAACAAGGACAAAAUUGUGAUUGUGAUGGAGUAUGCUAGCCGAGGGGACCUGUAUGACUACAUCUGUGAUAAGAGGCGAAUCACUGAACGGGAGGCCAGGCACUUCUUCAGACAAAUUGUAUCCGCUGUGCACUACUGUCAUCAGAAUGGAAUAGUACACCGGGACCUGAAACUGGAGAAUAUUUUACUAGAUGGCAACGGCAAUGUGAAGAUCGCAGACUUCGGCCUGUCAAACCUUUACCAUGGCGAUGAGUAUCUUCAGACUUUUUGUGGCAGCCCUCUGUACGCUUCUCCAGAGAUCGUCAAUGGACGGCCGUACCAUGGGCCAGAGGUGGACACAUGGUCUCUGGGUGUGUUGUUGUACACCAUGGUUCAUGGCACCAUGCCAUUUGAUGGAAUCAACCACAAGACACUGGUUCAGCAGAUAAGCACUGGAAACUACCGAAAACCCAACAACCCCUCUGAUGCAUGUGGGCUUAUCCGUUGGAUGCUGAUGGUAAAUCCCGAGCGCAGAGCCACAAUAGAGGAGAUCGCAGGACACUGGUGGCUCAACUGGGGUUACCAGCAGUCAUUACUGGCAGAGACAAAGAGCAGCACAGCAGAGCAGACCUCCACACCGGUCUCUCCAGCAACAUCACACCCCUCUGGGCUGGCUGGCGUCGCUAGCUGGCUGCGUCGCACAUCCAGGCCUCUGCUGGAGAACGGCUCAAAGAUGCGCUGCCUGCUCCGCUCACAGGGUGGUGGUGGAGGAGAUGUGGUCCGGCAGCGAUCUCUGAGACGGUCACGAAAGGAAAACAACGUCUCCCAGACGGUUCAUGAAGGCAGCACAGACAGUCGCCCCUCAAAGGGUAUUUUAAAGAGGCGUAACAGUGUGAAACAGAAGGUGAUGAGUGAAGCUCCAGCUGCAGGUCCAGUGGAGCCUCAGAACAUUUUGAGUUUGUCUUCACCAUCUAAUGCCCCCUCAGCUGAGUUAGUGCCUCGCAAAGGUAUCCUAAAGAAGCCCACAGAGCAAGAGUCGGGAUACUACUCCUCCUCUCCUGAGAACAGUGACUCUGGCUGGACACCACAAACUAAAGAGUGCCCUUCAGCACCGACCUACAGGAAGGGCAUCCUGAAGCGUAACGGAAAAUACUCCUCAGGCGGGCUGCAGGAGUUUGGCUCUCUAGACCAGCUGGCAGCUUCUUUACCCUGUGGGGAGGCCAGGUCAAGACCGAGCGGGGCCAUCAGCAAAGACAGCAUUCUGUCCUCAGAGUCCUUCGACCAGCUGGAUCUACCAGACCGCGUGGGACCUUCGGCACAACUGGAUAAACCGGUCAAGGCUAGCAUGAGAGGGUGUGUGUCUGCGGACAACCUGCUGGACAUCAAAGAAGACGGGAUUCUCGGGGACGGGCUGCUGAGGCCGUGGAACUGCUACGAGGCCGGGGUGGCCGACAGUGCCUUUUCCAUCACAGACUGUGAUAAUGUAACAGAGGCUUACAAACAGGCCAUGGUCAUACGAGGCUCUGCAGCAAGCUGAGGGCCAGUAGUUAGUACAGCACACUGACUAAAGAACUGUUUCUCAUUCAGAAUUUUUAAAUGACCUGUAAACUACUGAAGACGUGACAGCCAAAGCGCUUUAUAUGAAACUACCCAGCACGCUGAAUCAUUUUGGCAAACAUCAGGAAUUGCAGAACACCAAAAAGGGAGGAGGUGUUGAAUGAUGAAUGACUCUUUUGAGUAAAACAGGCUAAAAAUAACCAGUGUUUUACAAAAUAACUGAGUGCAGUUGAAAUGUCCAUUUCAAAGAUUCUCAGGAGAAGAGAGCCACUGUCGGUCAACUAGGAGCUCUCAUAUUCAACAAGAGAACUUAUUAUCAAAAGUGUAGUUAAUGAGAAAAUGCACCUUGAAACCAAAACACUGGUCUGACUUUGUUGAGCAUGUUACUUAACAACUGACAGUAAAUCAGAAAACUGUCUUUUUAACAGUCACAAUAGGACUGUUGUUUGAAAACUACUUAUAUUGCCUUGUUUACAACUGCAGAACACUUUGAAGCCACAAAGACAGUGUGUUAUAUUGUCGAGAGGUCAGUUUGAGAAAGUUUUUAUGACUUAACAGCUCUUUUGGAUUCUAGCUUUGUGAUAGUUGACCAUCUCAACCUAACGUUAUCUAGGAUAACAGCAGUAACACACAGGUUCAAUGUUAGGAUGGGUUCAUGUAACAUUUGCUACAGGUUUUACCAAGUUCUAGGAUGUGGAGAAAAUGACAUUUCAUGGAUACCAAAGAACUAAUGUUAUUGGACCUUUUUGUUUUUCUUAAUUUAAAGUGCCAGAAAAAAGUGCCAGGAGGAUGUUUGUUUGUUUGUUACAGGGACUUCAGCUCUCACAGAGCUUUUUUUUUUUACGGUUUGUUUUUUUCUUUAAAUGACUUGUUCUAAGUUUGGAUAAUGACUUGAAUAAAAAUAAUGACUCAUCUGAGUCAAGCGUAGAAACCAGUAGAACCUGCUUUUGCUCCCGAGUCGGCGCUGAUACACGUGGGCAGGUGGCAGUUUCACAUGGAAGGUGGGGCCGAUUGAGUCAAAUUUGAAGGGCAUGAGGUGGAAUUUGCAAAACAGCUGCUCAUGUUUGAAAGUGAGCCACAUGCCCCAGCUAAGUAGUGUACAGUAUGUUGUGUGUAAUGCGGCACACACAUAAUGUGUUACUGGAUUUUUGAAGAUCAGUCACAGAGCUUGGGUAAAACUGAACUUUGCAUUUUGAUUUAAAAGACAACGUGGGGGGUACAGUAUUUCACAAAGCUGGAUUAAAAGUUUAGCCAGCUAACUGUUAAAAAAGAAGUGUGCUGCAUCCAGGUGCCUCAGUGUUAAACAAAACUUAUACAUUAGGUUUAAAAGGUGAAGUCAUAAAUUUAAUUAGUCCUAUUCCUUAUUAAUGAAAUACCCCCUGGUGGUCAGAGAAAGGUACAUCAGUAUGUUGCUGUUGUUUAUGAAAUUUCUUGCUGCACACUGGGUUACCUAAUUUGAUCGGCACGCUGGCGUUAAAUGAGAACAUCGAGCUGGUGCCUGGACUUGCACUUUAUCAGACCAUCGAAACCUGAUAAACACAAAAUUUAUUUAUCAGCUGUCAUUUCAGUCAGUAUUAAGUUCAUGUAACAAAAGUUCCACAACACACUGUUUAUUACAAACUGGAAUUUGAGAAAUGUAUCUUUUAUGAGUCUUAUCAGGAGUUUAAAGCCUGUAACUAGGAAUUCUCUAAUUUGAACUGGAAUCUCUGAGACUGUACAGGAGUGAGCUGCACUCGUCACUGAUAACUGAUCAUUUAUGAUUGAAAAGCGACACAGGGAAUCAGCCUUGGGGAAGACAGGUUGCAUUUUUGUACACUUUAAUGUGCAUCUGGACAUUUCAGCACUGUUUGUGUCUUUCCCUUGUCCCAGAGGUUGCAGGUGUGCAGGCUCUGUUAAUAUUUUUUUCUCCUUGACUGCAACAAAAAUCAUGUUUGCCAAAGUUUCUGGCUUAUCAUUUAUAUGACCAUGCAAUGUGCCAUGCUAUUGUGACCAGGAUGAGGAAAUCAAUAAAAAAAAAAGAAACAACAAAGAACUUAAA